AUGCAGUCGUACAUCUAUCAACCGUUGCCGCGCGGGUUCAUCCGUCUACUGCGCUUGAAGCCUCACGAAGAUGCAGACGCCCCAUUGCAAUGCGAGCUCUUCCAUUACCCCCUCACAGACGACAGGAAAGGAACUCAUCUGUACGAGGCUCUGUCCUACUGCUGGGGACCUCCCAGUGAGAGCCAGAAAGUCUUCACCGGUACAGGGUAUCUACAGAUCACCGCCAAUCUACACGCAGCGCUCGCACGUCUUCGGGACCCUUUUCUUGAACGCGUCAUAUGGGUAGAUGCGAUCUGCAUCAACCAGAAAGAUGCCGAUGAAAAGGGCCACCAAGUGCAGCUCAUGGCAGAGAUCUACGCCAGAGCAAGUGGCGUCGUCGUGUGGCUGGAAGAGGUAACUGGCGAUAACCAGCUCGACCUUGUUGCCCAAUCCGAAAGCUACCGGGCGCUCCAGAUCAUAAGUCUUGCUGUAAACGAGGCGCCCACGGCCACCUCUGGCAAUGUGGAAGACGGCGCAGGAGUUGCAAAGCUUCUUAAUCGGAACUGGUUCAAUCGCAUGUCCUUCAGGAGGUGGCCGCCUCUCGGCAUGUUCUCAUCAUGUGCCAUCUCACUGAGAUGGAUGGACAUGCGUUUUGUCAAGGUCUAA